UUAAUGCAUUCUUUUUUCAGUACUCUAAAAUGGCUUCUGCACCAAUUGCAGAGCGAAAUCAAGAUGCAACUGUGUAUGUGGGAAAUUUGGACGAGAAAAUGACGGAAUCACUAAUAUGGGAAUUGUUUUUGCAAGCGGGUCCUGUUACCAACACUCAUAUGCCUAGAGAUCGAAUAUCUCUGCAGCAUCAAGGCUAUGGAUUCGUGGAGUUCCUAAGCGAAGAGGAUGCUGACUAUGCUAUAAAAAUAAUGAAUAUGAUUAAAAUGUUCGGUAAACCCAUUCGGGUGAAUAAAGCUUCUUCUGGUGGUGGAGCAGCGGCACAGCGAAACCUGGAUGUUGGAGCUAACUUGUUUGUUGGUAACCUCGAUCCAGAAGUAGAUGAAAAGUUGAUUUACGACACUUUUAGUGCGUUUGGUGUUAUACUUCAAAUACCCAAAAUCAUGCGAGACCCUUCCUCUGGAAACUCGAAGGGCUUCGCCUUCAUUAACUACGCCAGUUUUGAGGCUUCAGAUGCUGCAAUUGAUGCCAUGAAUGGACAAUAUCUGUGCAACCGACCAAUUACCAUCAGCUAUGCUUUCAAAAAAGAUUCAAGAACAGAACGACAUGGAUCAGCUGCUGAAAGACUGCUGGCUGCUCAAAACCCCGUUGCACAGGCUGAUAAACCACAUCAAUUAUUCGCAGAUGCACCUGCACCCCCUGCAGCUCCAUCUGCCCCAAUGAUGAAUAUGCCACCACCGGCACCUCCGAUGACACCUGAUCUGACAGGAGGACUGAUGCCUCCAGCUCCUAGACCCAUGCCACCUGGACCACCACCUCCAAACUUUCAUCCGCAUUUCGGACCUCCUCAUGGGGCUCCUUCCCCUAUGCCGCCUCGACCUUCCCCAACACCCCCUCCUAUGAGACAAUUCCCUCCUCCUUCUAUGAGUCCAAUGCCACCACAUCCGAACAUGAUGCCGACGCCACCUCCGAGAGGUCCACCUCCACCGAUGCACCCUGGCAUGAUGCGCGGUCCACCUCCGCCUGGUUUUGGAGGUAUGACUCCUCCGCCUCCAAGACCAGGAGGUCCUCCGCCACCUCAUCAUUUUAUGUCACCCACUCCACCGCCACAGGGAUUUAUGCACCCGCCUCACAUGGGUCCACCUCCACCCGGUUGGAGAGGACCUCCACCUCCUAUGAUGACUCCUCCGCCUCCUCCGAUGGGAAUGAUGAACCAGUUCAACCCACCACCACAUGGUCACAUGAAUCCUACACCGCCGCCGCCUCCAAGAUAGUGCUAUCGAAUAACCAAACAUUAUUUUUAUCUGCUGUCGAUAAUUUGAUGUCUUCUUUGUUUUUGUUCAUUUGGAAUAAACUAUUAUAAAGUCA